UGCGCAUGUCAAGAAAGCUACUGUGGAAAUGGUUGUUGGGCCGUGAAAGCCGCCAUGUUCGUAAGGUCAAAACACAAAAGACAACGGCUAAAACACUUUAAACAAAAUAGCUAAAUUAAGCUGCAUGUGGCGUUAGAUCUUUUAAAGUUAUACUCCUGGGGAAGCGUUAAUACGAACAUAUCGCUUAUAUAACGUUUUACUUGUUGGGCGGUGUGUAUUACUUCGAUGAAUUAUCAUGAUGGCUAACAGGAAAGGAGUUUUUCAGGCUAAGGUUCUGAAGAAACUCUACUCCGCUCCUACUCGGACCCAAGAGGCCCAGGGUGCAGCGAGUGACACCAGAGCUGUCACUGGAAAGACAAAUAUCGAAGCAGAAGUGCUAACAAGCCAAAUAACUGCUGGAGGACCGAAUGGUACACCACAAAGAAAACUGUACACAGUGCUCCCUCCUCCUGAUGAUUUCAGGACUGACGGUGAGAGAUCUGACAGCCUGUCCAAGUCGGAAGAUGUGAACGCUGAAGAAGAUCCAGCUGAUCUUACAAAUUUUACUUCCGAGCCAGAAAUCAGCGGACAACAAAGGAGGCGGCGGAAGAGAAGAGCAGGCAGAGGCACGGCAGAAGCUGCACGAGAAGAAAGGGAAGGACCAGUGGUCCAUGUGACCCAGGAAACAGAGGAGGACAGGCAUACAACCAGGAAGAACAGCAAGAACAAGAAGAGGAAACUGAAAAAGAAACGACAUAAAGAGAAGCUGCUCUCCAUGGGCUUGGCUCCCAGGACAGUUGCUGUGGAGUUCACCUACCAGCCAGCAGGAGGCAACGGAGAGGAAGACAAGGAGCCCAUGGAGGACAAGGAAGUGCAGAGUAAAGAGGGGAGAGCAGCAGAGCUGCUAGAGUUCCUGCAGGCUACCCUGGAGGUCUAUAAUUGUUCCCCCCCAACUGGAGAGUCACAGGAAAAUCCCUCCAAUCCCACCUCCGAUGCCAAGGGACUUUUAAGUAGUCUUUUUUCCAAUGAGAUGCCCAUCUCAGUUCUGACCCAGCUGUACCACCUCAGGUCUCUGGUUCUGCAACAGGACGCUUCAAAGUUGACAGCUGCCCUUCGGGACUUCCAACAGAACUCUGCCUUGCUUCCAGAGGAAGUCUCUGCAGUUUGCUGCUUAUUCCACUACUGGAUUACAGACAUCCUUCCCACCCGAAGCAACAAGAUGUCCAGUGAAAAGGAUGCACGACUGCUAUGACGUGGCUUUAUAGUCUGACUAACAUCACCCAUAUCUUCUGAAGAUUGCAACAAUUUACAGCACAGUAACCUGAGUCCCUUUUCUCACAGAACUCAUCCAAAAUGUUACAGUAGUUUUCAAUCUGUGUUAUUGUAUUAGUAAUUUAAUUGUACAUAAGUAAAUAGUUUCACACAAAUGACAUGUCGCUUUUCUUUUUGUUCUCCCCUCACCUUUCAUCCAAGAUAGUGUGCUGCACGUUGUUGAGAAAUUACAAAUCCUAAACAAGUUAUCAUUGAUUCCUCUAGGACAAAACACAGUGUCAUUAACAAUUACAGAACUCUGUUUAUUGCCUGGAGGCUGUUCCAACUGGAGACAACCAGCCUUGAUUAUAGGCAGCUUUUAACUAAUCCACUUCAAUUCUCAUUAUUGGAGCAGUAAAUGUCAAUUACCUCUUCUAAUCUGUGUUCUUGAUAUUGUAUUGAAAGAGUACAAACAGCAUGGUUACUUGUCAGUUAUAUAUAUUCCUUUAGUAUCUGAAGAAAAAUAUUUUGGCCAAGCUAGACCUAUUAAAGUACACCCCCCAAAAAAAUCAGGUUUUAGUGGAGUCUGCACAAAGUACGUAGCCUAUAAUCAAAUUCAAAAUUAAUUGAACCAGUCUGUGGCACACUAUGCCCACCUCCUUGAUUAUCGGUCACACCUGAUUAGAAGAUGAGGGUCAGAUGCAGCCACAGACGUAAAUGGACUGUCAGAGGAAAAGAAUGACUGGCAGUGUAGUGCUAGGAGAGGACUGGAGUGUUGAUGCAGGUGCAGCUGAAAGCUCCUUUUUGUGUAGUUGAGGGUCCUUGUACUGUUUGUUUUAUGCUUUUAAUAAAAACUCUCUAAG